UUCCUUGUGUCUUAUCAGUAAAGUAAUGUAGCUACGCCCCCCAAGCUCACAGUUGAGCUCAAACGAUAUCACGUGCUUAGGAUGAAGAGCACGAUGAACAACAUCUUGACGUUGCUGCUCGCCUUGGCCGUAUGGAGUGUGCAGGACACAUCUGCAGACAGACAUUCCUUGAAAUACUUCAUCACGGCAACAUCCGGUGUGAAAAACUUCCCCGAGUUUGUGGGCGCUGCUGAGGUGGACGGCGUCCGGGUGGGCUACUGUGAUAGCAACAUCCAGUCGGCGAAACCCAAACAGGAAUGGAUGAAGCAGCUGGUCCGGGACGUUCCGGAUCAACUGGACUGGUACAAGCGCAAGUGCUUAGGCAACCAGCACGUCUUCAGGAGAAACCUCAAGGACUUGAGUCACCGCUUAAACCAGUCUGGAGGCAGCCAUGUUUUACAGCGGAUGAACGGUUGCGAAAUUGACGAUGAGAGCGGCGAGAUUGUGGGCUACAACCAGUACGGCUAUGACGGAGAAGACUUCAUCGUGCUGAACCUGGAGACGCUGACGUGGACGGCGCCCUCCCCGCAGGCCUUCACCACCAAGCUUAUUUGGGACAGGGAGAAGGAGAGACUGGAGUACAACAGAGACUACUAUAAAGUCAAGUGCCCGGAGUGGCUGAAGAUGUAUGUGGACUAUGGGAAGAGUGUCCUGCAGAAAAAAGAGCUUCCCUCGAUGGCUCUCCUCCAGAAGACACCCACCUCGAUGGUCUGUUGCCACGCCACGGGCUUUUACCCCAGACUAGCCAUGAUGUUCUGGAGGAGAGGCGGCGAGGAGCUCCACGAACAUAUAGAACACGGCGAGCUCCUGCCCAACCAUGAUGGAACCUUCCAGAUGAGCGUGAACCUGAACGUGUCGGCGGUGCCGCUCGCUGAGUGGCCCGAAUACGAGUGCGUGUUUCAGUUCGGUGGUGUCAAGGAGCAGCUGGUCAUCAAACUGGACCAAGACGCCAUCCAAAGCAACUGGAUUCCUCCCCAAAAGGUUCCGGCCGCUGUGGUCAUCGGAGGCGUCGUCGGGUUACUGCUGAGCCUUCUGGCGGCCGCCGCCGUGGGAUAUUAUAUCCGGAAAAGAAAGGCUAACGGCGAAUUCCAGGCUGUUGAUGCGGGCCCGGAAUUCGCCCAAUCCCACGUUGGAGACUGUGAGCAGUGAGCCCUUGAAAAAGAACGGCAGGACCAGAACUUAUUACAAGAGAAGCUAGCCCGCUAAACCAAAUCAAAAUGAGCCCUAUUGUUAUGUGAUUCUUUUCCAACAUAAGUUUAUUUUUUUACAUUUAUCACUUGUCUUAUUAUUUAUUUCAAUUAUCAUAUAUUACCAGUCAGUAUAAAGAAGCAGAAUUCUGUCAGCCUAAAGCACUUUUAUUUCCAAACACAAACCCCCUGUAAUGUGAUCCACAAUUUUUUUGUAUCUUAUUUUUUACCUUUGUAUUGCUUUGCAAAAAUAAAUAUUUUUUUGUGCUGCAUGACUAAAUAAAAUGCCAACUAUA